AUGGCCAACGUCGAUGUUAUAGAUCCAUUCCAGGUCAGCGCGGUCAGCAUCGAACAAGCACAGUCACAGCCGAGGCUGAAGAAAGAGGCACUGGUGGUGGUAGAGGAGAGCAAUCCAGCUGAAGCCUUGGACAGUGCCAGGCCCCUUGAGGAGACGCCCAAGAUCGAGACACAGCCUGAGGGUCACCCUGCAAACACCCUCCAUGAAGCAUAUCCCAAAUCCAAUGUACAGCUUCUUGACCAUCACAUUGACGAGGGGAGAAGUCUAAAGGUCGUCAUCAUCGGCGCCGGGCUGUCUGGUAUCCUCGCCGGGAUAUUGCUGCCAGUCAAGGUUCCCAAGAUUGAACUGAUCAUCCUCGAAAAGAACGACGACGUGGUACGUGUGGUUGAGAACCUCUUCCCCUUUCCUUCCCUAGACUUUGCUAACCUCCUCGUUUCAAUUCGCCAGGGAGGGACAUGGCUGGAGAAUGUAUACCCAGGCGUCAGAUGUGACAUUCCCUCACAUGUCUACCAGUCGACGUUUACUCCAUUCACGCAAUGGUCGCAACAAUUUGCCGAGGGCCAUGAGAUUCUGCACUACUGGCAGACCCAGGCCAGAAAGUACGACGUCUACAAGUAUGUCAAGUUUGGCCGGCGGGUCCAGGACGUUGACUGGAACGACCAAGACGGCCAGUGGACCAUCACCGGGGUGAAUCCCAAGACCGGCGAGUCUUUCACUGAGAAAGCAGACUUUGUGUUGCCGGCCAUAGGCCGUUUCAAUGACUGGAGGCUCCCGGCGUAUCCCGGAGUGUCCGACUAUCAGGGCCACCUUCGACAUACCUCGAACUGGGACCCGUCGUUUGACCCCAAGGGCAAGAAGAUCGCCAUCAUCGGCAACGGGGCCAGCGGGAUCCAGGUGCUCCCGAAUCUGCAGCCCCUGGCGAAGCACAUUGACCACUACGCCCGGAGCAGGACGUGGAUCGCCGGCUCGUGGGCCGGCGACGAGCGCACCUUCGAGCCGCAGUGGUACUCGGAGGAGCAGAAAAAGGAGUUUCUCGACCCGGAGAAGUACCUCAAGUUCCGCAAGGAGCUGGAGGACAAGUACUGGCGACGGUUCCCGUCGACGUUCCGGGGGUCCGAGGAGAACCUCGCGAUGCGCGACCGCUUCAUCCAGAUCAUGGCGCAGCGGCUGGCCAAGAAGCCCGAGCUGCUCGACCUCCUCGUGCCAGACUUCAAUCCCAACUGUCGCCGCCUCACGCCGGGGCCGGGCUACCUCGAGGCCCUGACGGCCGACAACGUCACGCUGAUCCAGGACCCCAUCAAGCGCUUCACCGCCACGGGCAUCGAGACGGCGACGGGCGAACACCGCGAGGUGGACGCGGUGCUGUGCGCGACGGGCGCCGCCAUCGACUUUGUGCCGCCCUUCAACGUGCGCGCCCGCGGGGUGAAUCUCAAAGAAGCGUGGCGGCCUCUGGGCGACGGGGAGAAAGUCGACGCCAGCCACUUCGGCUGGCCGUACACGUACCUGGGGCUGGCGGUGCCCGACGUGCCCAACCUCCUGUUCAUCCACGGGCCGCACGGGGCGGGACCGUCGGGAACCGUCCCGCACAGCGUCGAGGUCCAGGUGACGUACUACGCGAAGCUGCUGCGCAAGGUGUCGACGCAGGGCAUCAAGGCCAUGUGGCCGUCGCGGCGGGCGGCCGACGACUUUGUCGCCUACGCCGACGCCUUCUUCCCGACCACCGUGCUGACCGACAACUGCAGCUCGUGGGCCAACGGCGGCAAGCCGGGCGGGCGCGUCCACGGCGUCUGGCCCGGGAGUGCCGGACACGUCACCCUGGUGCGCAAGGAGCCGCGCUGGGAGGACUGGGAGUACGAGUAUCUGCACGAGAGCGGCAAUCGGCUCAUUGGCUGGUUUGGCAACGGGUGGACGAAGAAGGAGAGGGACGACACCGAGGACAUGACGCCGUAUCUGCAGCUCGAGGGCACCGUAGAUCUGAGACUGCUGCAUGAGAAGUGGUGGGAAUAG